AUGAUCAAAAAUGAAGACCAGAACUCAACACCCAAAGUAAGGCAGUAUUUUUAUUUUUUUAAAGUGCUAUUGCUGCUAUAUUUGGGGAUUCUAAUAGUAAUUUCUUUUGGGACUCUGCAUUUAAGAAGCUUCGAGACGUCUUCUGAGGUAUAUAAGUCAUUCACGAAUUCUGCCUAUCUCCAGCUUUCAAAACUAUUUUAUUUUUAUAUUUUGAUUAUAUCAGGAUAUAUUUUUUUAAAAAAAUAGAGAUAAUUAAAUAUAUAUAAAUUAUCAGAAUUAGGCAUUUUUGGUCUUAUAGAAUAUUUUUACACAGUAUCAGUAGUUCUGAGAUUCAAAGACAAAGAGCUACGAGACAAAACAGAAUCAAGUCUAAAUUUUAUCUCUUAUAUUGGAUAUGGAUUGGUCCUAUUUCUUGUAGGACCAAACAUUACACUGAUGAGCACAGAAGAUGGUUCAAAAAUAAAUUCAUUAUUAUUCAACUUUUUUGCAUUUACAAUUCCAUAUGUGAUAGUUUUACAUUAUUCUUAUGUGGAGAAAGGAUUUCUUAAAGACAUUUCGCUAACUCCCCCCCCCCCCUCCGUGAGCGAACAAAACCAUUAGAAAAAUCGCCAUUUUUUGACCAAAAACCCACCCUCCGUGAGUGAACAAAAAUUUUUUUAAUAGAAAAAAUUUUAAUGGAAAAAAAUUUUGAUAUAUAAAGUGAUAAUUAGUAUAAUGAAAUCUAGAGCUAAUUCUGUUUAAUUUUAAACAAAUUGCGUUUUAAAACAUAAAUUUUGCAAAUUAAAUUAAUAUUUGCUUCCUAAUUUUUGCAAAUUAGGAUUUUUUUUAAAUUUCGAAAAAAAUAUUUUUUAUAAAAUUUAUAUAUAAAUUUUUUUUUAAAAAAAAAAAUUAACCCCCCUCCGUGAGCGAACAAAAUUUUUUUGUUCGCUCACGGAGGGGGGGGGGGGGGAGUAAGCUGAGAUAGCAUAAAGUACUGGGAAUGGUACCAUCAGUCUGUAGUUGUGCUGGUUUUAUUGGGAAUUUUAGGAUCAGUUGGGUAUCUUUUAUACUUAUUAUAUUUAGACAAUAAAAUUAUCGAAUAUGCUAUUACGUAUAUCAUUGGGAUUAUAAUAGUGACCAUAUUAUUUUGCAUCCUUAAAAGGUGUUACAAAUUGCAGCUACCUAAAUAUAUUCUGGGAAUGAUGAUUUUACCUCUCACAGGGACUCAGCACAUAUUUUCAGCAAUUGUCCAAGGGAUAGCUUUAGGCCUUUAUACAGAAGGAAUUUGCCGAUGGGGUUUUGAGUCCUUUAUAGUAAGGUCGCUAAGGCAUACCCACCCUCAAGGAGAGAUCUGAAGCACUAAAAAAUUUUCUAGUAAAUUUAAUUAA